CAAGCGCACAGAGAAACACGCACACACACGCACACACGCACACACACCGCACGCAGGCACAGAAAGGAAGAGGGACGUUUGAGUGAAGGAGACACAAAAGCUGUCAAGAUGGCGAUGAAAGACCUGUUGACAGAAGAGAACAUCAAGAAGGCCAUGGAUGCAUUCAAGGCGGCGGACUCUUUUGACUAUAAGAAGUUCUUUGACAUGGUGGGAUUGAAGGCCAUGUCUGCUGACAGCGUCAAGCAGGUCUUCAAGCUGCUGGACGUCGACGAGAGUGGCUACAUUGAGGAGGAGGAGCUCAAGUUUGUACUGAAGGGCUUCUCCUCAGAGGGCAGAGACCUGACUGAUAAGGAGACCCAAACAUUCCUGUCAGCUGCCGACAAGGAUGGAGACGGAAAGAUCGGCAUCGAUGAGUUUGAGGCCUUGGUACAUGAGUAACAGGCAUAUCCCUGGCCGCCCUAUUGGCCGCCUCCUCCCUCCCCCUCCCCUGAACCCCACCUCUCUGACCCCACCUGACCCCUGUCCUCCCCUCUGGACCUCCUGGUAUGGAGUGAGAGCCACCACCACCGGAGAGCUUCAACAGGGGGCGACAGAGAGGCAGCACCCACCAACACACCUCUCUAUUUAUUCCACCCCCUUUUUAUACAAGCACUCUGUACGUGUUGACGUCUUUGAUUUAAAAGUACACUAUGAUUUCAUUUUGCUCACCUGAACCUGGGUCUACCUAUUGUUGUCUUGUCACAAACACUGGUCAUUCUCUAGCAUCCCUCCAUCCUCGUCUCUCUUCCCCUCUAUUCCGUCCAUGACUCCCCCUCUCCCGCCCCCCCCCCCCCCCCCCCUCCUGAGUGAUUAAAUAUGCCAAUAAAGGAAGAUGAUAAAGAGGAGCUCCAGUUAUGAAGAGAGGAAUGAACCCAAGGAGAAAUAAAACCAUGUCUUGAGUACACA